AGCAGGAGGUGGUCCGCGACGGUGUGUGCGUGUGCUGACAGUUUGCGGCAGGAAGGAAUUUUGCCAGGAUUAACCGAGACCUCGACCAACUCGUGUUGACAGUUUCCUUAAAUUUACGCAGCAGCGGUACACCAAAACCUUCGACUGACGUCCGUUGAGUAAUUAAUAAAAAACUCUCAAAAUGUCUCUUUAUCCUACACUGGAAGAUAUGAAAGUGGAUCAUAUGAUGAAGGCUCAGCUGCAAGCCGAAUCACAAUAUGUCCCUUCGGUACCGAUCGAAUCCGUGGCACCCUCGGCUCCGACUUACGUUCCUUCCGCACCCAAUAUGCUGUAUCCAUCCUUGGGAGAUUACAUGGGUCUCGAGUUGAACGAAGAGACCAUUGCGCAAAAUAUGCCCGAAUAUGCGCUCGCUACACGUCAAAAUGCGAAUGAUGUAGCUCUUACUUCAACAAACGUAAGCAGCCCAUUAUCAGGGAUGAUCGCUCCUUUGUCAGGAGGAUCCAUGGCUUUGCAGAAAGCUUAUGUAACAAAUGGUAUCAGAGAGUUGACACUUUGUAAGGAUGGUGAUGGGAAGGUUGGCGUUAGAGUACACGCGGUGAACAAUGGAGUUUUCGUGUGCCUCGUGAGUCAAAAUUCUCCAGCGUCGAUGGCCGGAUUACGUUUCGGCGAUCAAAUUUUAAGCAUCAAUGACGAAUGCGUUGCUGGAUACUCCAUGGAGCAAGUGCACAAACUCUUCCGUAACGCGAACGUCAACGGGAUCAGAGUCAUUGUGCGUGAUAGACCAUUCGAGCGUACCGUAACAAUGCACAAAGACAGCACGGGUUACAUCGGCUUUCAAUUUAAGAACGGAAAAAUCAUUGCUCUGGUGAAAGAUUCGUCGGCCACGCGAAAUGGACUUCUAACCGAUCAUCAGAUACUUGAGAUUAAUGGAAAGAACGUAAUCGGGAUGAAGGAUAAAGAUGUCACGGCGGAGAUCGAGAAAGGUGGAGACAUCAUCACCGUAACGAUAAUUCCAUCGUACAUUUAUGAUCAUAUGGUGAAAAAGAUGUCCAACAGUUUGUUGAAGAGUUUGAUGGAUCACUCAGCGCUGGAUCUUUAAGUGGAAGUGAAUUGCCAGUUUCUCGUACGCCAUACAGCCAACUGCCAAAUUGGGCACGUGCAUUAUAUUCUCCGUAGCUUCGUAAAGAGUAACGAAUACGCUACAUAUCGUAUGCCGUAAGCAGCACAUUUACAAGAUGCCAAUAUUCCCAUAGCAAGCGUAUAUGUGAUACCCGUUUAGAAAUAGCCUAUAUUACGUGUCGGAAUGCAUAUUUUGACACUAACUGGCUAAAAAUUAUGAAAAGAUAUUUAUCAGAGAUUAUUUUUUUAUACAGAAACACGUCUAAACUCUCGCCAAAAAGUAUACAGAUUUAAAUAUUUAGCUCCGGACGCAAGGAGAAAGUUUCUAACUGCAUUAAUCUUAAUAGCGUGGACAAUUAUACUUGCACUAUAAGAUGACGCGAAUUCUCUAUUUCACAAGUUUUUUAAAUUCGAAUCUUUAUUUAGAACAGAGUCAUUUGUAAUUGUAUUGUUAAUGUGUUUUAUUAUAUAUAAUGUAAACUCUUAAUUAUUGAAUUAGAAAAAAAUUGAAUUAUUUUCUGAUUAUUGCCGUUUGAAUUUUUAUUCUUUGUAAAAUCUAGUAAUUAAAGUGCUUUCUUUCUGUAAAGCCACUAGACAAAUAAUUAUGUUUUAUCACUUUUCGAAUAUUUUCUAUGAUAAAUUAUCCGUUUUAUAUAGAAGAAACAAGAUUAUUUAUGAUUUCCUGUUUGCCAUAGUUGUCACAAUGAUAGGACCACGAUAGCAUAUAAAAAUACAAGAAAUAAAAUAUAAAGCAAUUACUCCUCAAAUCUUUUCCGUGUACUAUUUUUAUUUGUUAAUGAUAUUUUGAUAAAAAAUAAUUGAUGUAUAUCUUUAUUAGUAUAAGUCUUUCUUCUUUGGUAGUUUAGAAAAGUAGAUUAGUAUUUCACUUUUUAAAUUAACUCGUAUAAUAUUUUAUAAACAACUUCCUCGCUAGCCUUAGAAACUGUCGAAUGACUAUUUCUUUUUAGCGCUAUAAAAACUACGUGAAAAGAUAUUGAAAAGAUUUAAAAUAUACAUGUUUUUAUAUUUAAAGGACGAAAGAGAAUUUGAAUGAAUUAUUUAAUCGUAAAUGAUACUUCGCUAUAUGCAUUUAGAAAACGUAUGCGGAACAACUUACAUUAGUGCCAAUGUUACUUUACAUAUAAAUAUAAAAUAUAUAACUAUGUAUUAAAAUUGAUUAAAUAAAUGAUUAAGGAAAAA